AUGGGGUGGCUCUCGUCUGCCCCAUCGAGGGGUUACAGGCGGGGCUGGUUCAUUCCUCCAUCCCCUGAGCGGAGUGGGCCAGCAGCCCGGUUGUUUCCACGGUUAUCUUUUAGAGGUUUCUUUUCUGCCAAAGGUGGCGGGUUUUCCGGCUCUGGUAGUGACCCUGUUUCCUUUAAAAAACCCACUUGGUCCGGCACACGCCUGGAGCCGGCCCACGGUUGGCAGGGGCUGGUGGGGGCACGGGGUGGGGCAGCCCCCAGGGAGAUAAGAUACCUCGCUGCCCUCUGCUGCUCCUGGCCCCGCCCUGCCCCUCCCCCCGGGGAGCAGGGUGGGAGCUCGUGGUGGGCACCCUGGAGUCACAGCAGGGAAGGGUUCCGCCAGUCUGGUGUCCAGGUACCCCCCACCGGCCCGGGGUCCCAGUGCACCCUGCUGGUAGCAGCACACCACGUGGCCCCGCUGCCCUUUACCCGUCUUCCCACGUCCGUUACUGAGCUGGAAACCGCCUUGUCCCUGGGGCGCAGGGCUUGCCUGGAGCAGGGGGCGGGGGUGGGCGGUCUUGAGAGAGCCAGGCCAUCUGGCACCAGGAGUGUCCAGUGGGCCAGAGGCCGCCGUGGCCUUGUGUGGGGAUGCCAGGGGGCAGUGCUGGACGGCCUGAGGCCUCCCGCUUUUCUUGAAAAAUGCCACUGUGUAAAAAAAUUUACAAACUACAAAACACUUGAACAGGCUCUCUUGGUCUUGUCUGCAUUCGGCGUCCUGCGCUCCCGUAGGUCCUGGCUGUGGCCCGUAGCCGCGCUGGUGCCCGGGCAGCUGCACUCUGCCGUGUUUGCCCUCCGGCAGGUCCCCAUUUCCUGUCCUCUGGGCCUGGUUGUCCGUGGGGGAAGAGGGGUGAGAGUGCCCCUCCCAGCGGCUGCGAGGUUGACUGAGAGGCCGCGUGGUGGGUUGGAGAAGAAAAGACAGGCACCAGCGAACCCGCUACUGGCAGCCUCAGCCCUCCAGGGCUCCCUUGGAGGAGGCCGAAGGGGAAGCCCGCUGCCCUUUGCUUAACUACAGCCCUGCCCC